AUGGCGUAUAAUAGAGCAGUCGAAGGGUUUCGUGAUAGAGAGUACCCCAUGCUCAAAAGUAAGAGAACCCUCGAUUUACUCCGCGGCUUCUUAUGUUCAUAACCUUAUGAAACGUCGUGAGGCAGUGAGGUUACCAAUCGAGGGAGUUUAGGAUAUUCCGGGAUUCAAAUCCUAAGGUUUUCCCAACUCUCACCGAAUAAUAGCUCCGCCGCCUUGGACUACAGCACACAAUCCUCCUUAGCAUAAGUGUUGCCAAAGUUAUAGCCCAAAGCCAUAAAAGCAGCCCCACCAUCUCCAUAAUAAAACUUGACUAACAUCCUUCUUAGAUAAAACAUACCUAGACCACGGAGGCACAACCCUCUAUGCCAAAUCUCUCAUUGAAGAGUUCUCUAAUUCCAUGAUUUCAAAUCUAUACGGGAAUCCACAUUCCUCGUCCGACCCUGCCCAGCUAUCAAGUAUGCAUGUUGACCGAACCCGAGAACAAGCUUUACGCUUCUUCAACGCAGAUCCAGAGUACUUCGACUUGGUCUUCACUGCAAACGCCACAGCAGCCAUCAAGCUCGUCGCGGACUCAUUCAGAGACUUGGCAACGAGUUCGUCAACAGGCUCUUUUUGGUAUGGAUACCAUAAAGACGCUCAUACCAGCCUCGUCGGCGUGAGAGAGUUGACCGGCGGUGAUCACCAUUACUUUGGUAGCGAUGAAGAGGUUGAGGAGUGGUUAGAUGGAAAAUUCCCUGUCUCAACCCUGGGGAAGGGAGAAGAGGGGGAGGUUCCAGGCUUGUUUGCUUAUCCCGGACAAUCUAAUAUGACUGGACGACGCUUGCCACUUUCCUGGACAGGAAGACUGAGGAGAUCCCCUGUAUCUGCGCAUCAGAAUACUUAUUCCCUUCUUGAUGCAGCGGCAUUGGCAACGAAUUGCCCUAUCGAUUUCAGCAACCCGGAUACCGCACCGGAUUUCACCGUCGUAUCGUUCUAUAAGAUUUUUGGUUUCCCUGAUCUAGGAGCGUUGAUUGUGAGACGGUCCUCGGCACAUAUCUUGUCGUGGAGAAAGUACUUUGGUGGUGGGACUGUGAGUGCGUUGACGGUGUUUCCUGCGACGGUUCAGAGGAAGGAUACCACGAUCCAUGAUGCUCUCGAGGAUGGCACCCUGCCUUUUCAUAACAUCAUUGCACUUGGCUGUGCUUUGAGAGUUCACAAACGACUGUUUGGAUCUAUGAAGAUGAUUUCUCGACAUACGACCUUUCUGGCUCAGAGAUUAUAUCAGGGAAUGCUCGCCCUUCACCAUCUAAAUGGACGUCCUCUGUGCGACUUUUACAACGACAAUCCCGACUGUUCUCCUUACAGUGUUCCAAAGAAUCAAGGAGCGACAGUAGCUUUCAACAUCAUCGGUGCGGAUGGAACAUACAUUGCACACUCCUUAGUCGAAAGUCUGGCAAACGAGAAACAAAUAUUCCUUCGCUCGGGCGGACUUUGCAACCCAGGAGGAGUAGCGAGUUAUCUCAAGGUCGAGCCAUGGCAAUUCAAACGCGCAUGGUCAUCCGGAUACCGCUGUGGCGAUUCCCGAGAUCUAGAGAUUAUCCAUGGAAAACCAAUGGGUGUCGUGAGAGCGAGUUUGGGCGCCAUGACUACGAUUGCUGAUGUUGAUAACUUCCUGACUUUCUUGGCAGAGACUUUUCUCCAACCCACACAAGACUUGACCAUACGAGAUAUUUCGUUAGACGAAGGUAUUGCCCUGGUGGACGAAUCUCCAAAGGAAGCCCAUUUGCAGAUUCGAAACAAACAAGCGGGUUACUUGCCGAAGCAUGUACGACGAGCUGUGGUACCUGAUCAGACUCCCAAUAUACCAUUGGAGAAGAUCUAUUCACCAACCGGCUCAGAAACCUUCAUUCUUUCACCAUACUGCCCGCCGAAAGGUCCCACCACUUCUGUUGGAAGCAAAGCCAUCACGGAACUGAAUGGUACGUCGAUGCCACCUUCGAGACGGCUUUCACGCCCUCUGAAGACAAAACUACUAUCGUGGAAAUCAAUGACAUCGCUGCGCGAACAUGUCUCCGCUCGCUAG